ACAUACAAGCACUGACACACACAGGCACAUCACGUCCUGCCACUCCCUUGGCUUCAGCGCUCUCAAGCUCAGCAGGCGCCUAACGCUUUCUAGUCUGUGCACGUCGGGUACGUGCAAGACGGGUGUUUGCUAAGGUAGCACCCCAGCAGAGAGGCAGGAAGGAGCAGACGAGUACAAGUGCUGCUUUGUGAGAUCUUUGUUAUUAGUGUCUCGUGAUGUAAGUUAAUUUAUUUUGACUUACACCUUAUCUCUGCAGGUAAGUUCCUAAUUUUCCUCACCUUCUAAUUCAGCACCCCACGUAUAGGUGCUCAGUAAAUACGGGUUGAUCUUAUCCACUUGGCUUUUUGCUGCCCUUCUAAGUGUUUACAUACACACGCUUUGUUGUUGUCGAAUUAUUCCAAAGUCGAAACAAGAGAAAUGCAUGUAGCAUUAUCGUGGUCGUAGUCUACAUUUGCACUGUCAAAUCCCGUGGCUCUUUAAAUAAAUGAAAGGUUUAGUUCCUCAGUCACACCAGCCACAUUUCAAGUGCUUAAGGCUGCUGUAUCGAACGGUGUAGAUACGGAACAUUUGCAUCACUGCAGGUAAUUCUGUGAAACUGCACCCGUCCCGAUGCGUAAGGCCCAAGGUUUUUUAUGCUUGUUGUUGGUUUGUUUGAAGGAGCCAUGACUGAACCGCAGGUCAGUCCGCGGGUUCUGGGGCCACGUAGCUCCCAGUCACCCCCGGGUCACGGUCUGCUUCGUGCUCUUCCUCGCAGGUCUCCCGGUGUUUGAGCAUGGACCCGGUUGCCACCCACAGCUGCCACCUCCUUCAGCAACUGCACGAGCAGCGUAUCCAAGGCCUGCUUUGUGACUGCAUGUUGGUGGUGAAAGGGGUCUGCUUCAAAGCACAUAAGAAUGUUCUAGCAGCGUUCAGUCAGUAUUUCAGGAGCCUCUUUCAGAAUUCUUCAGGCCAAAAAAGUGAUGUUUUUCACCUGGAUGUUAAAAACGUCAGCGGCAUCGGGCAGAUCCUGGACUUCAUGUACACGUCCCAUCUAGAUCUUAACCAGGACAACAUACGAGUAGUGCUGGACAUAGCCCAGUGUUUGCAGGUUCAAAACGUUCUGAAUCUGUGUCACACGUUUUUAAAAUCGGCCGCUGUGGAACAGCCCCCUGGCGUGUCCUGUAACAGUACAUUCUCCCUGCAGAGCGCUCUGGCUGCUGACGCUCACUGUGUCGGCAGCGAAAACUACCCUCCUCCUUUGCUGCAGGAGUGUCCCGCGGAGGUUCAGCAGAGCAAGGUGUUGGAUGAACCCCAUUCUCACGCUCCCCCGUCAGUUAAUCUUCAUCACCCUGCGGGCGACGCGCCCAAACCGGCGCCCGGUCCGCUGGAGGCCAGCGGCCCAGAGCUGCCUCUCAGGCACAGCUACUGCCACAAACUCCGAAACUUCUACAGUAAGCAGCACUAUAAACAGGCUGCCUGUCCCGGUCACGGGAGGGUGGGCGAGCCGCCCUUCCCGUCCAGCACCCCCACGGGCCUCGGUGCCGGGGAGCGCCAGCCUGGCGCGGCCAGCCGGCCCGGGUGUGGGCCGGGGCCUGCAGGGCGCCUGCCUCCGCACUGCUCGGCCCCACCCCUGAGUGAGCCGGACCCGGACCCGGAGUCCGACAGCACGCGCCAGCCCCCGGCCAAGCAGAUGAGGCUCAAAAAGGCCAUCCACCUGAAGAGGCUCAACUUCCUCAGGUCGCGGACACCCGCGGAGCCGGCGUCUGAAGCCAGGCGGGAGGACGGUGUGACCGAGCGGGCAGGCCCUGCCGGCGCAGAUGCGCGGGAGGAAGCCGGCGGCCCCAGUGCUGAGGGACGAGGAGGCGGGGAGCUCAUCGGCUCUGAGCACUCGAACUGCGUGAACGACACGGAGCGGCCCGAGGACCCCGCGGCGCUGGAGGACCAGUCCCAGACGCUGCAGCCACAGAGACAGUAUGCGUGCGAACUGUGUGGGAAACCUUUCAAACACCCAAGCAACCUGGAGCUUCACAAACGGUCUCACACAGGUACACUGAUUCAGUGCCCGCAGGCAAAGGAAAGGACCCGACCCAGACGCUCAGACAUCACUGCCCGCUCUGCUUUUGUGAGAAACCUUUUGAAUGUAACAUUUGUGGGAAACAUUUCUCUCAGGCAGGUAACUUGCAGACUCACUUACGUCGGCACUCUGGUGAAAAACCAUACAUCUGCGAAAUCUGCGGAAAGAGGCUUCAGUAACUUCAGCAACCUGAAGGAGCACAGAAAGACGCACACGGCCGACAAAGUGUUCACCUGUGAUGACUGCGGCAAGUCCUUUAACAUGCGGAGGAAGCUGGUGAAGCACCGGGUCCGGCACACGGGUGAGCGGCCGUACGGCUGCCCCGCCUGCGGGAAGUGUUUCGGGGGCUCCGGCGACCUCCGCAGGCACGUGCGCACGCACACGGGGGAGAAGCCGUACGCGUGCGAGGUGUGCAGCAAGUGCUUCACGCGCUCCGCCGUCCUCCGGCGGCACAAGAGGACGCACUGCAGGCCCGAGGCGCGCCGGGACGCGCUGGACGAGCUGGCGCAGGCCCUCGACGCCUCCGACCUCGAGAAGUCCCAGGGCUCGGAUGCCUUCUCCCAGGACGUGCCUGUCGCCUUGAUGCCCGCGUCGCUCAAGCUCCCCGUGCACCCGGUGGGAGAGUCCGUGACGGAAUUUGACGGCCACGCUGCCGGCCCCUACUGCAAGUUCCGGGCCGCGGUCGAGCCUCACGGAGCCGGCGGGCCGGAGAAGCUGGGUCCGGACCCCGGCAAGCUCGCCAAGCGCCCCCUGCAGCCGGCGCCGCAGCAGACGUUCGCUUACCCGGACGCGGCCGCCUCCGCCGGCGACCAGCCGCUGCCAGCCGACAGCCCGUCCCUGGGCCGCUCGUCCCCGGCCGCGCUGGACACCCCCUGCGGCGACGGGCCGGGCGGCCGCGCGGCCUCCACGCCCUACAGGAACCCCGAGGGCCAGUUCUUCUCCAGCAUGACCCUGUGGGGGCUGGCCAUGAAGACGCUGCAGAACGAAAACGAGCUGGACCAGUGACGGCCGGCGACGGCCCGGCCCGGCCCCCGCGGCAUCUUCUCGGCUCGGCAGGCGCGUCCCUGCGCCGCGGGAGGGGGCCCGGCCUCUUCCCAACAGCCCGAGAUCCUGUGGCCGCCCCUGUGCCGCCGGUGGCUGAUAACCGGAAGCAUCUGGAGCCCAGGAUCUGGGAAGGCCUGCCGGCUCCCCGCGCACACAGACGCGGGACCGGAGGGCUCCAGGGGCAGCAGCUACCGGCUCGAGACACCGGCCCACUGACGUCAGCCGGGCACAACGGCGGGCACGCUCUGGGCCCCCUGCUGCACCCCGAGUCGUGUUCGAGGGAAAACAUACAGAAACACAAAUAUUUUUGCAUUUUUACAUGAUUGAAAUUUGUAGCGUUUUGUACUUUACGCAAAAAUAUUAUUUGUAUAUGAAACCCGUGCUAUAAUUUAAUUGGAAUAAAUGAAACUUGACUUUC